CGCAGCUGCCACCCGGCCGCCAGGCCCCGGCAGACGACACUGGCCCGCGGCGGGGCGCGCACUCGCUCUGCGAACAAUGCUCCGCGGUGGCCGGCGGGGCAGCUGGCAGCUCGGCGACCGACGGCGAGGCCAGGGGAGCGCGGCCCGGAGAAAGCUGUUCUGUGACCCACAUCUGCCUCCUAUAAGGCCAUCCCGGAGAGCCAGGUGCAAGAUGAACCAACAAACUGUCUGCUCAAGAUGCACCAGACCAUCCGACUGAACCCCGAGGGCCUGAAAAUGUCUGCGUGCAGUGACUUUGUGGAGCACAUCUGGAAGCCUGGGUCCUGCAAGAACUGCUUCUGCCUGCGGAGCGAUCACCAGCUGGCACCUGGCCAUUCCCUGCCCAGAACUGGCAACCUGCCCCCUCCACCUCGCCUGCCCCCCCGGCCUGAGGUUAGCCGCCUGGAAGAUGAAGGUGUGAACAGUUCACCUUACUCCAAACCCACCAUUGCUGUGAAACCCACCAUGAUGAACUCUGAGACUUCUGAUGUGUGGACAGAAGCCAACAUGAGUGCUGAGGUCUCACAGGUCAUCUGGAGACGAGCCCCUGGCAAGCUACCCAUCCCGAAGCAGGAAGAUGUGCCUAUAGCUUAUCUGGGCAACGUACGUGGCAUACAAAAGCCUGCUGGACCCCCUGCCACCACAGACGGUCAAUCUCGAUGCCCCCCUGCUUAUACCAUGAUCAGCCUGCACAGUUUGGAAGCCAGAGGGGAACGGAGCACUGCCUUUCACCCAUUGAUUUUCCAUGAUGAGAAGGCUGGCCGAGAAGAUAAACCCACACUUUCGUACCCAGAGCUGCCCUCCACUCAGGACAGCUUCCGCCAGAAACUGGCUACCUUCGCUGGUAUGACAUCUGUCUGUCACAAGGGUCCUGGGCCCUACCCCUCUCCACAACCACUACGGGAGUCACUGCCCUCAGAGGAUGACUGUGAUCAAAGGUGUUCACCCUCAGGGGACAGUGAAGGGGGUGAAUAUUGCUCCAUCCUGGACUGUUGCCCUGGGAGCCCUGUUGCCAAGGAUGCUGCCCAGACUGAAGGCUCCCAGCACAGACAUGGCAGAGUGGACUGCCCACCAAUCUGCUGGGGUCAGGGAAGGUGCUCAGGGCCAAGUGAGGAGGAGAAGCAGACUCUGAACUUCCCAAGAGAGUGUUGUGGCCAGGGUUCCACUGAGAAUGUACCUCACCUGGGCCCCAAGAAGCCAUCCCUUACCUCAGAGAUGGCCAGUUCUUCUGAUGGCCUGUCCUGUGGGAGUGGCAGCAGUGGCACCAGCAGCCCCUUUGCUCCUCAUCUUGAGAGUGAUUACUGUUCUCUCAUGAAAGAACCCACAUUGGGGAAGCAGCAGGACUCUUCUAAUUGUCACGGGGUGACAUCUAGCAAGUGCCAUGGGCUGAGUGGGGAACCCCAGACUGCUGCACAGCCCAAGGAGACUGUACAGCCAGAACCCAUCUAUGCUGAGAGCACCAAGAGGAAGAAGUCAAUUCCAGCACCGUCUAGGCCACAGGCCAAGGCAGAACAGCCAACACCGGCUCAGGGCCAGAGUCAGAUACGGACAGCUAACACUUGGGCUCAGAAAACAGCAUCUGGCUGGGGACAGGGCAGAGAGGGCCCGGAUAUGAUUUCCCAGGUAGCAGCCACCAUCACAGUGAUGGCAGCCCACCCAGAAGAGGACCAUCGGACAAUCUACCUGAGCAGCCCUGACUCCGCAGUAGGGGUGCAAUGGCCACAUGGGCCUGUGAGCCAGGACUCUGAGGCAGGUGAAGAGACUUCCACUGGGCAGGGGCAUGGCUCUAGGGAAGAUCACCGUCCAGAUGCCAAUGAGAACUCUCCAAAAAGGAGGCCUGCCAUUCCCCCCAAGCUAUCCAAGAGUAGCCCUGGUGGGUCCCCGGUGUCACCAUCCACCUCUCCACUGUCCAAACUCAGUGAGGUCAACUCUAGUGGCAGCAUAGGACCCCAGCUUCCUUCCAGGGUCCCCUCUGACCCUGCUUCUUCCUGCCGAGCCAAUGGUGUCACCAGCAAUGACUCCAUCAGGUGCCCCCCACCUGCUACCUCUGCUUCAACUUUGGACCAGAGGCGACCCCGAUACCAGACUGGGGCCUGGAACCGACAGUGCCGGAUAGAGGAAGAGGAGGAGGUGGAACAGGAAUUAUUGAGUCAGAGCUGGGGGAGUGAGAUGGAAAAUGGCACACCAGACCCCUCCAGCUCCUCAACUUGGCACCGUAUUCACCCCACAGACAGCUCCUCUGAGCAGAACAUCAAAGUGGGCACUGGGAUGAGCAAAUCAGCCUCUUUUGCCUUUGAGUUUCCCAAAGACAGAAGUGGGAUAGAGACAUUCUCACCUCCUCCACCACCUCCAAAAUCAAGGCACCUAUUAAAAAUGAACAAGAGCAGUUCUGAUUUGGAAAAAGUGAGCCAAGGCUCUGCAGAGAGCCUCAGCCCAUCCUUCAGAGGUAUACACGUCAGCUUCACCACGGGAUCCACGGACAGCCUGGCCUCAGACACUAGGACCUGCAGUGAUGGAGGCCCAUCAUCUGAGCCAGCUCACUCACCUACCAGUAGUGGGAAAAAGCUCUUUGCACCUGUCCCAUUCCCUUCGGGUUCCACUGAGGAUGUGUCCCCUGGCAACUCCCAGCAGCAGCCCCCUCCACUCCCUCAGAAAAAGAUAGUGAGCCGAGCAGCUUCCUCACCAGAUGGCUUCUUCUGGACUCAAGGUUCCCCCAAGCCCAGAACAGCAAGUCCCAAGUUGAACCUCAGCCACUCAGAAACCAAUGUCUGUGUCCAUGAAGAGUCCCCCUUCAGCUAUUCCUCCAGCCCUGGGAGCCGCCACCAUCAUAUCUUCUCUUCUGAACCUCUGGAGAAAGCUUUCAAAGGCAAUGGCCAUUGGGUCCCCCCUGCAGGGCUGUUAGGUAGUAAAAACAUCAGUAGGAGUUCCAGCCUCCAGAACAAAGGGGCUCCAUCAGCCUCUUCUUCCCAGCUGAGUGUGUCCAGCCAGGCCUCCAGUAGCAGCACCCAGCUUCAGCUGCACAGCCUCUUGAGCAGCAUCAGCAGCAAGGAGGGCACCUAUGCCAAGCUAGGAGGGCUCUAUGCCCAGUCUCUGGUCCGCCUUGUGGCCAAGUGUGAGGACCUCUUCAUGGGCGGCCAGAAAAAGGAGCUGCACUUUAAUGAGAAUAACUGGUCGCUCUUCAAGCUGACCUGUAACAAGCCCUGCUGUGACUCUGGGGAUGCCAUUUAUUACUGUGCUACAUGCUCCGAGGACCCUGGCAACACCUAUGCUGUGAAAAUCUGCAAAACCCCUGAACCCAAGACAUCCUCAUACUGCAGCCCCUCAGUGCCUGUGCACUUCAACAUCCAGCAGGACUGUGGCCACUUUGUCGCCUCUGUGCCCUCCAGCAUGCUCACCUCUCCCGACACACUCAAGGACCCUCCACCUGCCCUGCCCUCACAGCUCCCUGCCCAAGAGCAGGACUGUGUGGUGGUCAUCACCCGAGAGGUGCCACACCAGACCGCUUCUGACUUUGUGCGGGACUCAGUCACCAGCCAUCAGUGUGAGCCUGAGGUUUAUGAGCGGCGUGUGUGCUUCCUGCUUCUGCAGCUCUGCAAUGGGCUGGAGCAUCUGAAGGAGCACGGGAUCAUCCACAGGGACCUGUGCCUAGAGAACCUGCUGCUGGUGCAUUGCAUCCCCCAGACCACCCCUGGGCCCUCUGCUGCUACCCAUUGUGCCCCAGUCUUUCCUGCCACCUCCAGUGCUUCUCCCAUCUCCACCUCCCCUGUAGCUAAUCCCUCUGCCCCCCUCCCCACCAGUGGCACUCCCUGUCCCCCAGGUACCCCAGCCUGUCAGGGAGUUCCCCCCGAGAAGCACUUGCCUCGGCUCAUUAUCAGCAACUUCCUGAAGGCCAAACAGAAGCCAGGCAGCACUACCAACCUGCAGCAGAAAAAGAGCCAGGCCCGGCUGGCCCCUGAGAUUGUGUCUGCCUCCCAGUACAGAAAGUUUGAUGAGUUCCAAACCGGCAUCCUCAUCUAUGAACUGCUCCACCAGCCCAACCCAUUUGAGGUGCGGGCCCAGCUGAGAGAACAGGACUACAGACAGGAGGACCUGCCGCCCCUGCCCACACUGUCCCUCUACUCCCCUGGCCUGCAGCAACUUGCCCACCUGCUGCUGGAGGCCGACCCCAUCAAACGCAUCUGCAUAGGGGAGGCCAAGCAUGUGCUGCAGUGCCUGUUGUGGGGGCCCCGGCGGGAGCUCGUAGAGCAGCCUGGCACCUCAGAGGAGGCGCUCUGCAGCACACUGCAUAAUUGGAUAGACAUGAAACGGGCCCUGAUGAUGAUGAAGUUUGCUGAGAAGGCAGUGGACCGCCGGCGUGGGGUGGAACUGGAGGACUGGCUUUGCUGCCAGUACCUGGCUUCCGCAGAGCCUGGAGCCCUCUUACAGUCCCUAAAGCUCCUACAGCUUCUGUGAGCACAGCCCCCAGCCCUGCACUUUAGCUGCACUCUUCCAUGCCUGCCCCCCUCUCUCCACCCCCUUACUUUGCCUUGAAGUUGUAUUUGUCUCAAUGGGAAAUGGUACAAACAUCUAUCACAUCUGUAUGUAAUAUAUAUAUAUAUAUGUAUAUAUAUAUAUGUACAUAUAUAAUAUUAUAAAUACAAA